AUCCAGAGGGAGGAGGCAAUCAGAAGAGCAGGAUCGAGCAAACAGAGAAGUGGCGCUCUGUUUGUAGAGCAGUACGGGACCAUGCUGUCAGGCUGCUCUUUGAUCUGGACCGGAGCGCUCCUGCUGGGGCUUAAGGCUUUGCUGACAGGGGCGUCUGACUUCCAGCACCAUGGCUAUGAGGAGAUGGUCAGAGCUCUUUUUGCGGUCCAAAGCGAGUGUCCCUACAUCACCCGCAUCUACAGCAUCGGACGCAGCACGGAGGGUCGACACCUUUACGUACUGGAGUUCAGUGACAACCCGGGCAUCCACGAAGCAUUGGAACCAGAGUUCAAGUACGUAGGGAACAUGCAUGGAAAUGAAGUGCUUGGGAGGGAGCUGCUCAUCUACCUAUCCCAAUUCCUGUGCGAGGAAUACCGAUCUGGAAACGAGCGAAUCACGCGGCUCAUCCAUGAUACACGGAUCCACAUCCUUCCUUCGAUGAACCCAGAUGGAUACGAGGUGGCGGCCAGGCAGGGUCCAGAGUUCAAUGGCUACUUAGUGGGCCGUGGAAAUGCAAAGGAUGUAGACCUGAACCGCAAUUUCCCCGACCUGAAUGCUCUGAUGUACUACUAUGAGAAGCACAACGGUCAAAACCACCACCUGCCGCUGCCAGACAACUGGGAUGCACAGGUUGAGCCGGAGACUUUAGCUGUGAUCAAAUGGAUGGAUAAUUAUAACUUUGUUCUGUCAGCUAACCUCCACGGUGGAGCUGUUGUCGCCAACUACCCAUUCGAUAAGUCCAGAGAGGCCAGGAUAAGAGGCAAGACAACAUAUUCAGCCACCCCCGAUGACAAAAUAUUCAGAAAGUUGGCAAAGACAUACUCCUAUGCCCACAGCUGGAUGCAUAAGGGCUGGAACUGUGGCGAUUACUUUGAGGAAGGGAUUACAAAUGGAGCCAGCUGGUACUCUUUGUCAAAGGGCAUGCAGGACUUCAACUACCUCCGCACGAACUGUUUUGAGAUCACUCUGGAGCUCAGCUGUGAUAAGUUUCCUCCGGCGACGGCCCUUGCCAACGAGUGGCUUGCCAACAGGGAAGCUCUGGUGUCUUACAUGGAGCAGGUGCAUCUUGGGAUCAAAGGCAUGGUCUAUGAUGAAAACAACAACCCGAUCAGUAAUGCAAUAAUCUCUGUGGCAGGUAUAAACCACGACAUAACCGCCGGGGCGGAUGGAGACUACUUCCGUCUGCUGUUGCCCGGGACUUACACAGUUACCGCGUCUGCAUCAGGGUACCAGCCUUUUACCAGCACGGUGACAGUGGGACCAGCUGAAGCUGUACAGUUACAUUUCUAUUUGAAAGUUCAGUUGAAACCGGCAGACUUGAAUACAAAACCUCAUCACCACAAGAAAGGCCAUUCAACAGCUAAAGUUCUUACCACCAACCUUGGACCAAGAUAAAGAGCAAAACACUUUUGUCAACGUAGACAAAACUCUUUCUGUGUUUUUUUCUGUGUUUUUAAGUGAAGAUGAGAAAAAAAAUGAAAGGGAAACAUGGACUCUCACUGUGACGGACCAUAUAGUUUCUCAUUUGUUUAGAUGUGCAAGAGUGUUUUUUACUGCUCUCAUGUUCUAGCUGAGCUUAAAUUUACAUGUAUGUCUCAUAGUGUUGGAUUGAAAGAACAAGAAAACACGUCAACUUUAAAUUUCUCUUUUUAUGAGAAAUAAGUCAGGAAAAUAGUGACCUUAAAAUGUUACUGGAUACUAUUCGAUACUAUUGCAAACUUAUAUCUGAUUAUGAUAUGAGGUCAGUUUAAGAAUAAUCUCAAAUGUGGAAAAAAAUAAUAAUCUUUUAUCAUAAAAAAUAAACUAAGAUUGGUCUUUAAUAAA